AUGCCAGACCAUGUUGAAUUGUUGGCCGGUAUUAAGCGCAUGACUGUUAGGCCGACAGAUGUGUGGCUCUGCGGGUAUCGCAAAUCGGGCAACACUUGGCUCUCAGAGAUCGUAUCGCUCGUAAUGGCCGACGGAGUGGUGGACAGAGUGUUGGGCCGACCAAUCGGUGAACGCGUUCCGAGUUUUUUUCAAAACAAUUUGUCGAAACCAGUGCUGCAGUACUUCCACGAGUUGGCCGAUCCCAGAAUCAUUUAUAUCGUGCGAAACCCAAAGGACUGUUGUUUGUCUGCCUUUCGCUUUCACCACAAUAUGAAACUCCUGGCCAUUGAUUGGCACGACUUCUACCAACUCUUUCUCGACGGCGAUGUCUUAAACGGCGAUUGGUUUCAACACUUGAAUGACUUUUGGCUCACUUAUGGCUCAAAUCACGCAAACGUAUUAUUCGUGGCGUACGAGGAGUUAAGGGCAGACUUGCCGGCAAUGGUCUGCACAAUCGCCCGCUUUCUCGGCAAACAAUUUACUGACGAAACGGUGACCGCAAUCGUCACUCACUGUACGGCCGAUGCGAUGCGCGACAACCCGAUGGCCAACAGGUCUGAUAUGAAACAAGCGUUGAAUUUGAAGGCAAACUUUGUCGGCAACGCCACUGUCGGCGACGGGAGGCGACACAUGUCUGUCGAAGAGUCGGCACUCUUUGACGAGACAUACGGACACCGUUUGCGGGCGAUUCGACUCCGACUGUGCGACGAUAUGGCCGACGCCCAGCGCUGUAUGCGAAAUACCGGACGUAUUAUUGCACGACAAUAAACAUUCAAACUAUGC